AUGCUACUUCUCCUGGCAAGCCGCAUCACCAACAUACCCAUAGCCACCCACAGAGCCCUGCCUCUUGCUGCCCAUUUACGCCGGCUUGUCACUAUGCCGCCGUCUCACAAGCCUGUCCGCCGUGCACUGCUGCUGCUGCCGCCCGCACCAUCGCCAUCGUCAUAUGCAUCACUCAAGGCCGCCUACAACGCGCCACUAUUCACCGUCUUGAAAGAGCUGGCCACAUGUCCAUCCAGGGUCCAAGGUGCCACACUUUUAGAAAUUGUAUUGCCAUGUCCGCAUCUAUACGGCCAUCUUGAUGCGCCACGGGCACUGCACUACGCUACCACUCAGCAGCUCGUGGCCGACCUCUACAAGCUCAUCUGCAUCACUGCGAGCAGAGAAGCCAUCGACACAGAGGAUGAUGAGGGCAUCGACGCCCGCGUUGUGCUCGUUGCAUAUCCCAGGAAUGGUCAGUUGACGGCGCCCCUGCCUGAUGCUACUCCAGAGCAAGAGCUGCAAGGACCGGUGAUCGACAUGCACACACUAGCCAAGAGUUUGCGAGUCUGGGACGCCGUCUACUCUGUCGAGAGCGAAGAGGGCGAGCAGGUGCUAAAGAGCUUUCUUUCCUCGUCCAUCUCUCAGCAAGCUGUUACCAAAGUCCGGGGUGGUAUAGUCAGUGUCGAAACCUCAGAACCAGAGCCCUCGGCCGACCAGGCCGUGAAUCACCUCUCCGUCGCUGUUGGGGGGACAUUCGAUCAUCUACAUAUUGGUCACAAGCUUCUGAUCACCAUGUCUGCCUUUAUGCUUGGUAGAAGAUCGCCGUCUACCCCCGAUGCACCCCCAAGUGUACUCACCGUCGGAAUCACCGGCGACGCCCUGCUACAGAAUAAGAAAUUCGCUGAACACCUGGAAAGCUGGAAGGAGCGCCAACGAUCCGUACACGCUUUCCUUUCUUCUCUCGUCUACUUUGGCCCCGAGAAUGAUGAGCGCGUCUGCAUACGAGAAGUCCAAGCUCCCGGGCCGAACGGACAUGUCGUCAACGUCGACUAUCCUUUCGGCUUGACCAUCAGAUAUGUCGAGAUCUGGGAUCCGUUUGGCCCAACCAUCACCGACAGGGACAUUUCUGCCUUGGUCCUCUCCCUCGAGACGCGGAGUGGGGGUGCUGCCGUCAACAAAAAGCGGGUUGAGCAGGGGUGGGGUCCCCUGGAGGUGUUUGAAGUUGCCGUUCUCGAUGCCAGCGAAGAAGACAACGUGGAUGAGACGUUCCAGAGCAAGCUGAGCAGUACCGAGAUCCGUCGCAAACGGAGCGAGCGUACAUAACUCAGGGCGGAAGCACGUCCUCGUCGGAAUAUAUGAUGGCAUCGCUGCAUAUUCAGCCCA